CGCCCGCAGGGUACAAAGCUGACAUUCAUGGCGAGAUGUGUCAGUUUUUGAAGCAGUUUGACAGCAAGCCAAGAAAGCUGAAGAAUAAAGUUUGAGUUUGCUGAAAUCAAUUUAUCCCAGAUCAGAUUUAAGUUGUUCUUUACGGAUGAUUUUGUUUUACACAAAAUCAUGGCGUCUAGUUUUGUACAACGAUUAAAAAUAAUUGGAUUUUCUGUUGCUUUGAGCAAUAAAAGAAUUGACUCCAACAGGAUAAUGUGGAUCGCUUCCUUUGUAUUUGUGGCAUUCAUUUUAUUGCUUAUCAUAUAUGGGAAUUAUAUCAUGAAUCAAUCAGAAGGAGGAGUAAUAUAUGAAGAAAAUGGCUGGAUCGAAUAUGAAAUCAAACAAGAUUACCGAAAAACAACAAGGGAAAGAGAUCGCGAUAAACUAUUAGUUGAAUAUGAAGCAGCAAAGAGAACGUUAUCAAAAGUUUUUCAAAAGUUUCAACGUGAAUUGAAAUACCAACUGAUCCGAUCACUUCUGUAUUACGAGGCCACACAGUCUACCGUUCUCCAUAAAAAACUUCCAACUUUCGCUAAACACGAGAUCCACCUGCGUUCGCUGAUCAUGAGAUCCGCUGAUAUUCGCACGCGAAACCGCCACAAGCCAGCAGUUCAGCGUGCACCAGAUGUCAUUGGAAUCGGGGUGGAGAAGUGUGGAACAGGGGCUCUUAGGGCUUUACUUGAUAUGCAUCCGAUGAUCAAAGUUGCACCCAAAGAACCUCACUUCUUUGGCCGACCGUAUUUAUAUAAAUCGGGCCUAAAAGCAUACACACCAAUGUUGGCAAAAGAUUUACCUUAUGAAAUAUCAUUUGAAAAAACACCGGCAUACUUCAACUGGGGACUCACGGUACCAGAACGUCUUCGGGAACUUGUUCCUAAUGCCAAACUUUUACUUGUUUUGUGCGAUCCUACAAAAAGAACAUAUUCAGAUUAUGUCCAGGAGAUAUUGAUGCAUACUCUUAAAGCAACAACAACGUUUGAACAAAUGGUUGAUGAUCUUCUUAUACACUCCGUCAAGUUGACGGCAGAAAUGAAUGAAAGCGAAUCGGAAAUGGUGUAUAUAGAGCAGUUGAUUGCAAAAAAACAGUACUAACCAUAUACUAACAACUGGAUUGUAUUACUAUCAUUUACUAAGAUGGUAUAAGGUGUUCAAUAUGAGCGAUAUAUACAUCGUAGACGGUGAGGAACUUAUAUCUAAUCCUGCUAAAGUCAUAAAAGAGGUUCAAGACUUUCUUCACAUUCCAGAGUUUGUUUUACCAGAAAAUAUUCAAAAAGGACCGUCAGGGUUUUCUUGCUUUGCCAAACCUUUAGUAGUGGAAAGAAACGGCGUUUUAGUCGCAGGAACAGCACGUACUUCUUGUAUGACUGGAAAGGGAAGGACUAGAAAAGGAGCAUGGGGUAUCGCGAACCCGGAAUAUAUGGAAAAACUUCGCUUAUUUUUUGCACCAUUCAAUGAAAAACUAUAUAAACUACUCGAUCGUAGAUUUAAUUGGUGACGAUCGAUUAAACGUUAAUUCAACUGCGUCAUCAUGCACAUACCAUGUGCUCUAGAAAUUAUACCGCUUAAUUUAGGGCAACGAAAAGAUAUUUUAUGAUGUAGCAUAAAAUAUUAAAUCUGUUAGUAGUGGAUUACCCGCUCUCUUCCACCAAGACGAGUUUGCUUGCAAACGAUUCUCAAUUUCUAACUAACUCGACCCUAACCAACGUAAGAUAUUUAUGUAAAAUGGUAUUAUUUAGAUGCGAAAGUACUAAAUGGUUUUAUUGCGAAAACGGAUAUGGUGGAAAUAAUCUAUUCUAUUACAAGCCUUAAUUAGUCUACAUUGUUUUUGGUAUUCAGCAUUGAAGUCAAAAAUCUUAUUGAUUGUUUCAAUUUUAAUUUAUCUCCAUAUCAACGUCGAGGAAAAUAGUGACUGAAUAAAUGAAAUGCAGUCAUACUUAUAUCAACGUUUCUGUUAUACAUAAGCGUUAUUCUGAAACAUGGCUAAUAUGAAGGUAGUUACAAACUUCUAUAAAAGCAUAUAAAUCCCAGAUCAGUCAUGUGAAAUGUCCCCCAUCCCAAUUGUUGUUUUUUUAUCUAGACGUAUUUAAAUGGAAUGCUUUACAACGCUGGUUGACCAGUAUUUACUAGAACCUAGAGUAGACAUAAUUUCGCAUAAUUUUCUCAGCUUCUGACAUUCCCAUUCUUGCUUGUAACAUUACUCUGAAGUUUUUGUCACUUCUGAAUAAGUAAGUGAAUUACUACAAAACAUGAUCAAUCUAACGUUUAAUUAAACCUCACUUUUAUACAACUUCAUCACAAUACGUUUAUGGAAGCGAAAACAGUGAAGCACUAUCUCGGACUAGACAUACCGAUGCUAUGCGCAAGCAAGAAAAUUUAUUUGAUACUGAUAUUUGAAAGUUGAGCAGACAAUAUACAAUAACCAUAAAGUUUAAACUUGCAAACAAAAUAGUAGGAUGAAUAAAGGUUAUCACAUAUUAUAAUGUGACUUAAUUGCGUAGUCGAAAUGUUGUCAAUCAGUGCACGAAUUACUCCAUCUCUGUUCAUAUUCAUUAUAUAUGUGAACUGUAAAUUAACGUUGUCCAUCCGGAAGGUAUGUCAUACCGAAAUUUUACAAAGAUGAAAUGUCAUUUUAUAAUAAAUAGUUGUUUCAUCCAAUAGAAAACACUGAUACAGCUUUAUAAGUAAAAGUAAAUAUAAAUAUAUAUUUUAUAUGAAAAUCCAGUCGUGUUCAAAGACACGCUAACAGUGAACAAUAAUAUCGUAUUGUAGUUAAAGACGCAGUACGCGUUACCAAUCAGAAAACUAAUGAUCUAACAUGUACAUGUAUAAGUAAAGACUAAAAAUACAACCUGGAACGAAGAGAUUAAAGGAAUAAAGUUGACAAUUUUUAUCAAUUAGCAUUUCUGUCAUGUAAUGUUUUUAAACAAAACGUUUACUGAAACAUAUGCCUGUUAAAGACGUAUUUGCAUAAAAAUAAAGGAUAUGAAAGCACGUAUACAUAACAUUUUUGGUGAAUUUUCAUCGCAAAUACAGUAGCUCAAAUUUAAUGGUAUAUAUGUGAAGUAUAUUAUACAGUGAUAUUUGUGCACAAAAUAACAAAGACAAAACUGAAAUAGGAAUUGGUAAUUUAAUUGAUGGGAAAUCGAAUGACAAAAGCGUGAAUUUUGGUCAAUACGUAUGGAACACAAUUCACAAACUCUGUUCACAUAUAGCACUGUAAAAGCGAAUAUUAGAGUGAAAAAAAUCUUGGAAAUUGGCUAUUCUAAUAGUUUUAAGCCCAAGAAAUAAUAAAACCAAUGAUUUAAUGCUUCAAUAUAUUGUGCAACUCUCUCGUGCACAUUGAACACCAAGCAAGUAUGUGCU